UAAAAAGCCGCAAAGGCGACCGUAGGUUUUUAUUUUUAACAAUGUUGUGUUUGUUUAUUAUUUAAAAAAACACUCUAAAAGAGUGUAAAUUAUUUUGUCUAGUCUUAUAUUUAACUUUUAAGUUUCUUAACGCAAUUCAGUUCCAUCAAAUAAAGUUAAUGUGCCAUAAAAGUAUUGGUGAUUUCCUUUGUUUUGAAAAUAAUGAAUCGUGGUGCUAUAAUUUAGUGUUAAAAGUGGUUUCCAGUUGGGUCGGGUAAAAAAAAGUCUUUAGCACGUAUCUGAUAACGUCUAUACGAGUUAUUAUUCGCAGGAAACGCUGAAAAUACAAUCCCGCCAUUUUGUGAAUUUCCUUAAUAAAAAUACAUUUUGAUAUUCGUACGGUUAUUAUGGAUAUAUUGCUCAAUUACCAUUUAAUCCACGUCAAUAGCUGUGAAUUGAUUGUAUUCUAAUAAGAAUCGUGUAAGCCUUAAUUCGAAAUGUCGACACUGAAUAGUCAAACUGAUUGGAAGAAUAUACAAAAAGAAACAUUGUAUGAAAAGUGCAGGAAUAUAACAGAGGAAAUAUAUAAGAGGAUAAAUAUAACGUUUCAAGUAAAAAAACUGGAAAAUUCCACUCAGAGCGAUGUUUCAGACCAAAGUGAUAUAGGUAGCGGCGACCUAAGUAAUGAAACUGAUCUAUUCGCCUGUGACAAAAGCUCUAUAUCAAGUAGUACCGAGUUAGAGAACCUGGAGAUGGGCAGCGCUGCUUGCGAGAAAUACAUAAACAUUAAUAACAAUGAAGAGACGAAGGUGAAGAAAGCACCCGUUGUAAAAAGGCCUAAGAAAAGAUUCCGCAAGCGAAUAAAAAAGAAACAAGUGAAAGACUCGGACUGCUCGAGCGACGAGGCGCCGCUGCGGAGCGAGGAGCGACGCAGCGCUUCGCCCCACAAACACGAUACGACACUGCCUAAUAUUGUGAUUGUCACUAGUGAUUUGAAAUACAAGAUAAAAUCGCCGCAACCUCAGGAGAAGCAGCCGAAAGCGCAAGAGGCGAAAAGGGCAGAGACAACAGAUACACAUAGCAUAGACAAUUCGGAGAUGUCAGAGUUGUCUAUGAAGGAGAGGGCCGAAGACAAUGGUGUGUGCAAGAUUUGCAAUUUGACGUGCCGCGGGGAGAGGGGGUUGAGGCGACACUUGAAAAUGGCACACUCGGUAGGUGAAGCUACAUUGGAACAACGAAAUCAAUAAGUAUCCACUAUUUGAAUUAUAUUAAUUUUUUUUUAUUUUUCAAAAAUAUAUAUAUGUGUUUAGUUGUUUUUAUUAGGCGUCGGAAUGUU